UACCCUUACAUCUCAAAGGAAGAAAGAAGUAAAAAUCCCCAUUCCCCCACACCCCUCUCUGUGUGCGAAUUUGGCGACAAUGGAUCGAACUCAGCUUCUUCUAGUGGGUUUACCCCUUUUUCUGUUCAUCUCCGAUCUCUUCCAACUAUUUACUCCUCCACCGCAAAAACCCAAUUCCGAUGACCACCAUCAUCACCACCACCAGCCGCCGCCAGUGAUCCAACAACCUCAGACUCUUGAAUUUCCUACUCAGAAAACUGGUGGUAUUGGUGCAGUUGGUAUUGGUAACACUGUCACCAUUGAUUUCUGCUCUUCUUGUUCUUACAGAGGGACAGCUGUGACGAUGAAAAACAUGUUGGAUAAUCAGUUUCCUGGUAUCCAUGUCGUCCUUGCUAACUAUCCUCCUCCACUUCCAAAACGUUUGUUGGGCAAAGUAGUACCCGUUUUCCAAUUUGGAGUCAUUGGCCUUGUAAUGGCUGGUGAACAAAUAUUUCCUAGGUUGGGUAUUGCGGUACCACCUCCAUGGUUCUAUCAGUUGCGUGCGAACAGAUUUGGGACUAUGGCAACAACUUGGCUCCUAGGAAAUUUCUUUCAGUCCAUGUUGCAAAGUUCUGGUGCUUUCGAAGUGUAUUGUAAUGGUGAACUGGUUUUCUCUAAACUGAAAGAGAAUAGGUUCCCUGGCGAACUCGAGCUGAAAGAUCUAGUUGGCAGAAAGAUUGCUAACCCAACGGUAGUUGAUGGCCUUGGUGCAUCUUCCUGGUCGUAGAUGUGUAGAUUACACUAGAUCAAUGGUUCCACAUUAACUUAGACUUAAUGUUGUGGCCUUUCCAUAUCGAUAGACAUACAUGCAAUGAAAACAUCCACCAGCAUCUGCUUCAGAAAUCAUUGUUUUGCUGCAAAUGUUCUCAACCAGAAACAUUCUAGGGACUGGUUAUAUGGUAUCUAUAAAAAUGAGACUAUAAGGUUUUUUCCUUCAUCGAAUCUUGACAUUUGAUAUUUAUGAUGUACAAACACUUUCUCUCACAAUGCAAACAGUAUCUAGUAGCAGGUUGAAAGAAUAAUGAUGCUUAAUAGUGUCGUUAGACGCCCUGGAUAAUCCCUA